UGUUGCUGCCCCGCCAGAGCUGGAGUCACAGGUGAAGGGCAAAGCAAGCUUGUUGUCAUACAAUUUGCAGUUUUCAGCAAAGAACCAUCAGCUGUGACAUUUUGAAGACAAUUAAUCUUCCUCUCCGCCUCGUUAGUGUUCCUUCUGUGCACAUGGAUCAUUACCUUAAACCCUCUUGACUGAUUCAACAAAAAAAAAAAGGUUUGGAAGCCGAAGAGCUGUCCUCCCCGACGCUAAACGCUUAACAGGCGAGGGAUGGGUUAACAGUGGGACCGGCCAUGGUGGUGACCCAUCUCGCCCUGGAGCUGUGUUUCCAAGGGAACAAGUUGAGGGGCUUCAGAUGCAAACUGACCCGCUCGGCCCACGGCUUACUGCCAGAGAGCUCGUGGAUCAUCGCAGCCCAGAUCCUUCUGCCGUACCUGGUGUCCGGCCUGGGCAUGGUGGCAGCCGGGAUGGUCAUGGAUGUAGUGCAACACUGGGAGGUGUUCAAGGAGAUCUCAGAGGUGUUUAUCUUGGUGCCAGCCCUGGUGGGGCUGAAGGGAAAUCUGGAGAUGACAUUGGCAUCCAGACUGUCAACAGCAGCCAACACGGGCCAGAUGGAUGAGGCUCAGCAGCAGUGGAGGAUGGUGUUCUGUAAUCUGGCUCUCAUUCAGGUCCAGGCUACAGUUGUGGGCUUCCUGGCAGCUGUUGCAGCAGUGGGCCUUGGGUGUUUGACCAGGGGAAGAGUGGAUGUUAUCCAGGCGUCUGUCCUCUGUGCCAGCAGCGUCACCACCGCUUUUAUCGCUGCACUGUCUCUAGGUCUGGUGAUGGUGGCAGUGAUUAUUGGAUCCAGGAAAGUGGGCAUCAACCCAGAUAAUGUGGCCACUCCAAUCGCCGCCAGCCUCGGAGACCUCAUCACUCUGUCUCUGCUCGCUGGUGUCAGCAGCCUCUUCUUCUGUUACAAAGACACGUGGUACCUGCCUCCUGCGGUGUGUGGAUUCUUCUUGCUCCUUAUCCCAGCGUGGGUCAUUAUUGCCCGUCGCUCUCCACCAAUCAGUGAGGUCCUAAAGUCCGGCUGGCAACCAGUCAUAUUGGCCAUGUCCAUCAGCAGUAUUGGUGGACUGAUUCUGGAUAAGACAGUGAGCAAUCCAAACUAUGAAGGCAUGGCAGUUUUCACUCCAGUCAUCAAUGGUGUAGGGGGAAAUCUGGUGGCCAUCCAGGCCAGCAGGAUGUCCACCUACCUCCACUGUUGGAGUGUUCCUGGAGCUCUUCCAUUUAAAAUGAGUGAGAACUGUCCUGGACCCUGUGCUACCCUCUGCUCCUCAGAUGUGAACUCCAAAUCAGCCAGAGUCCUGAUUCUUCUUGUGGUCCCGGGCCACCUCCUCUUCCUGUACACCAUCCACCUCCUGCAGGGAGGCCAUACUUCCAUGACCCCCACCUUCAUCAUCUGCUACCUGUCUGCAGCUCUGCUUCAGGUGGUGAUUUUGCUUUACUUGGCCAGCCUGAUGGUGCGAUGGCUGUGGCGAAGGGGACUGGAUCCAGACAACUUCUCCAUCCCCUACCUUACAGCUCUGGGUGACCUGCUGGGGACUGGUUUCUUGGCUCUGAGUUUCAGACUGAUAAUGAUGUUCAGUUCUACUGGGACUUGA